UAGGCUUUAAAUUGAGCACUAAUAAUACAGGAUAUAUACAUAUAUUUGGUAAUUUCGUGGAGCAACGUUUGUGUCAUCGUCAACAUGGUGGAACAAGCAGAAGCUAUGAGGUCCACUGUGGCUUCUAUGUUGCGAGGGAUUGAGAGGUAUAACCCAGAGAACAUCUCUACCUUGGAGAGGUACGUAGAGCUUCAGGCUCGGGAAAACACCUAUGACCUAGAAGCCAAUCUCGCGCUUCUCAAGCUGUAUCAGUUCAACCCUGCCAAGUACCAGAGCACUGUAGCAUGCAAAAUCCUCAUGAAAGCACUCACCAAUCUACCACACACAGACUUUGUUCUCUGCAAGUGUCUGCUGGGACACGUUCAGAUGGAGGAUGCUUAUAUCAAACGCAUCAUGUACCUGCACGACCUCCUAGAAAUGUGCCAGUUUGGCACCUAUUGGGGUGUCCAAAAGCAGUAUGAAGAGUUGAUUUCUGGCAUCAAGGACUUCAACGAUAGUAUACGCAAGUACAUCUGUCAUGUUAUAACAAUAACUUAUCAGCAUAUAGAAAAGCCUGUUUUGGCACAGCUUCUUGGCAACAUUGAUGAGUUGGCCCUGCAGCAUUGGAUGAACAAGUAUGGGUGGAAGGAGACUGAGGAAUCUUAUGUGUUUAUUGCCAACCAGGAGGAAACUGUCAAGACCAAGAACAUUACUGAAAAGAUUGAGUUUGAUUCUGUGGCAGGAAUAAUGGCUGCCUGCAGAUAAGGUGACAAGAAUUUUUUUUUAAUGUAAUGCAAAGGCAAAUAAAAUUUUGUUUGGU